AUGGAUAGUGCUACAAGUACAAGAAUAAAAAGCAGCAGAAACGUCCAUGCGAUCCAACUGAGCCGAUCGCCAGAGAAUAUCAUUCAAGCGAGAGAAGGUCAAUUUCGACACCAUCAACAACUGCGGCGGCAAAACAACAAGACGAGUGUGGGCAAUAAUGCUGCUACUACUACAACCAGUUGGGACUGGAGAGGGCGUCGACGAUUAGAUAAUGAUUCCAUUGGAGCCUUGUCGUUGUCGAAUUGUCAUUUGGUCCUGUGGACGGGCGAUAUCCAAUUGGGAUCUCCCGCGCAGACAUUUACACUGGAUUUUGACACUGGCUCGUCCGAUAUUUGGGUGCCCAGUGCCGACUGCGACUGCACGGCGUUUACGGGUUGGAGAAAAUACGAUUCUUCAGCCUCGUCGACCUACUCCAAAGUCGUUGCCAGCGCGCAUGAAUUUCAUACCGAAUAUGUCGAUGGAGAACAAGUGUCCGGCACGUAUGCCAUGGAUCGAUUGCAAUUGGGAGAGUUCGUCACCAUUCCCAAUCAAGUCUUUGCCCAAGUCACUAGUUUGGAAAACUUUCAAACCUGUUCCGUCGAAGAGGGAGUCUUUGGAUUGGCAUUUCGCAUGGAAUUCAACUCCUUUCCGUCGCCCUUGAAAAACUUGGCAGACUUGUUGCGUCAUCCCAUUUUUAGUCUCUAUUUGGAAUCCACAGAAGAUUAUCCACUGGACGAUGCACCUGCAAACAUUGGCAAUUUGGAGGGUAGUAUCCAACAACCAGACAUUCACGGGAAUCUACAGCAUGGCUUCAAACCAGCCGCAACGGCACAUUCCGAAUUAGUCUUUGGUGGUGUCAAUCAAAAACACUAUGAAGGAUGCAUAUCAUGGCAUGAACUGGGACAAUUCAGUCUCAGAGAUGGUUCUGUGUUUCAAGGAUACUGGGAUUUCAAAUUGGAUACCGUCAAACUGGGAGAUAGUCCCCUGUCGGCAUCGAGUACGCUGGCAUUGGUAGAUUCCGGUUCCACCUACGUUGUGGGUCCCAUUGAUGCUGUCGGCUAUGUGGCGGAACAAAAUCAGGCAGUUUGUUUCACCAUGGAUAAGGACGACCCGAAUGCCGAUCCAUCCAUUGUGGACUGUACAUCACCCUUUGGAUUUGAUGCCGCAUCCAUUGAUUGUGACCAGAAACAGUUCUUCUCCAUUGAGUUUGUGGCCGAUGAAACCAGCUACUUUUUAGGACGAGAAGAACUGGUCGAUGUCAUUGAAACAUCCGUGGGUCCCUUGUGUCUAUUGAAAAUUAUGGGGAAUCACGACAUUCCGGGAUGGGUAUUGGGAGACACGUUUCUCGCCAAGUAUUACUCGGUUUAUGACUUUGUCAAUAAACGGGUGGGAUUCGCCGAGUCAUCUCCUCAUAGCAGUACCAUUUGUGAUCUCGAUCUACCCCUGGAUCUAGCGUACGAAGGCACACCCAUUUCCAUUUCCGAGACGAUUGAGAGAACGCCCAACGCGGACUCGUCGUUCGACAGUCCGCCGGCUCCGGCAACGCCACAGAAAUCAUACGACAACAAGCCUUACUAUUCAUCGUCAUCGUCAUCGUCGUCCAGUGGUGGUGGGGAUGGUUUGCAGGCAUCCCACAAAUUUGGAAUUUCAGUGGGAGUGCUAGGAUUGGCCAUCAUUGCCCUGAUGAUGAUAACGAGGCGAGGUAGUCGACGAGAAGCUAGAUUCGAAGAGAUUCAAAUGGCUUCUAUUGAUGACGACAAUGACGGCUUAACAUUGUCUUAA